AUGAGCGAAAAUACACAGCCUUUCAACGAAGGAAACCUCUUCAUUAUCCAGAAUCAUUCAACCUAUACCGACUUACACACUCAGGCAGCAACUACAGAAAAUAUCCGGCGCCACUUACAGCAAAAACGCCGGAAGGGGGAAGCUCGAGCACGCGGCACACCAACACCAUCCUGGACAAACUUCACCUCUGUGCUAUUGCUUCCAUCGAGGACGCAAGGCAAUGCACCGAACAAGCUCUCCAGACUUUCCCAACCAGCCAACAAUAGCAUCGAUCCAUUCCACAGCACCAUUAUAGGUACCGAUGCAGGAUCACAUCUGAGUAUUCUUCCUAUCAUUUUUGGUGAUAUUGUCAAGGAGAACUUUCUGGGAGAGGCUUUUGCUCCUCGAGAUGUGUGCACCACGCGCAAAGUCACCCGCCACGACGAUGCUCUGCAUCAACGACUUGUACAAUGCGUACACGAUGAGCUGUUGAUGUAUGCGACACUCGCAUAUGCGUUGAGCUUCAGAAGCUGGUCAGCUGGUCAGAUCAUACAUACGGAAGAUUCGGAAUACUUUCAACUCAAGGCUAUCCAGGCUCUCCAAUCUUAUCUUCGUACCCCCCAAAACCCCAUAAAUACAUCGGUGCUGCUAUCGGUAUACUCUCUUGCAAUUACAUCUGGCUGGAGGAGUAUGAUCACAAAGAAGCGGAUGUUAACUGACCCGUCGACCCCAGUAAAGGCUUUCCGCGGUUCCGGACAAGUUGGCCAUCAAAUUCAUCUAAGUGCGCUCCUGCAACUAAUACAAGACUCCGCCGGUUGGCACAAUAUUGAUCCCUACGUUCUUGAGUCUAUUAUCUUGGGUGAUAAGCAUGCAUCAUUUGCGACAGGUGUGCCCCCUAUGCUACGACCUUGGUGGGAUCCGGGCCCUUUGCCUGUACAAUUCAGCCAAGAGUUCUCGGCUUUGACAAAUGGAGAAUCAUGA